AGGCGACGCGCGUCCAGACAUGCUUGGGGCACCUGUUCCAACUUCUUUUGCGAGAAAGGUACGACCCCGUCCCAGUCCCCCACCUCUACACCUCACCUACCUUUACUAUUUUCGUAAGCCAGUUUAUUUUGCGACGGUGAAGUGGGCGGUGAUAACCUCAUUGCAACCAGUUCCCUUAUUUGGACAUGGAAGGCGGCAGCGAUAACGGAGGCGCCAUGGUGGCCGCUCCCUUCGUAGUGAAGACGUACAGGAUGGUGAACGACCCGACGACGGACCCGGUGAUCUCAUGGGGGAAGGACAACAACAGCUUUGUGGUGGCCGACCCCUUCGCCUUCUCCCAGACCCUGCUCCCCGCCCACUUCAAGCACCGCAACUUCUCCAGCUUCGUCCGCCAGCUCAACACCUAUGGGUUUCGGAAGGUGGAUCCGGAUCGAUGGGAGUUCGCCCAUGCAUCGUUUCUCAAAGGACAAACGCAUCUUCUCCGGUGGAUCGUCCGGCGGAAUAGUAGCAACUCGAAGGGCGGCGACAGAGGAGGAGGGGGGAGGAAGGAAGAGGAGGAGGAGGAGGAGGAGAGGGUGGCGAUGGAGGUGGUGAGGAUGAAGGAAGAGCAGAGGAAGAUCGAAGAGAAGGUGCAGCGGAUGUGGCGGCGGGUGCAGGAGUCGGAGCGCCGGCCGCGGCAGAUGCUGGCGUUCUUGGUGAAGGUGGCGGGGGACCCGGUCAUGCUCCACCGUUUGAUGGGGACGAGCGAGGGAGGGAAGAAGAGGGCCAGGCUUCGGUUGGAGGGGAACAGGGGAGAGUUGGAAGCGGCGCCGGUGGAGGUGGGGGUGGGGAUGGACGGGGGUUUUCAGUCGCUUCCGGUUGAGUGUGAUGGUGGGUUGCUCGCUGUGGAUGGUGUGGACUCGUUCUUCAACGCGGUUGACUCGCUGGGAUUUUUCGACGGUCCGGGGUCUGCAGUGGGAGGGGUGGACGGGAGCGGUGGAGGGGCUUAUCCUUACUCUUUCCCGGUCGGGAAUGGGUUUUAAUUUCAGUAUUUCUACCCGCUCUUUUAACGUUUUUCUCAUCCGUUUCUUUUCUUUUUCCCGGUUUCCUCUUUCCUCACUGUUUUAUUAUAUAGGUUUGAAUAAGUCUGUACAGUUACCCUUUUUUUUUUUUUAACUGCUUGUGAAGUAAUUAUGUAAAUAUGUGUAGUUUUCGUGACAAUAAAUAAAAAAAAAAGGUAAA